AUGGGCAAGAGCCGCGCCAGGGCUGCCAAGGCUCCCAGCGUGUUCCACAUCGCCCGCAGCGGCGCCCUCAAGGCCAAGGCGAAGGGCAAGGCGCGUCCCGUCACCUCCGGGCUCAGCCCUAUAAACAUCAGAAAUGCAGAAAAAGUUGCAGCAUUAAAUAAAGCAUUUGCUGAAGUUCAGAAGGAGGUACAGCAGCUAUCGAAUGGCACCACAGAAGAACCUCAGAACAAUCAUCAGGUUUCCACAAAUCUAGAAGAGGAACCAGCAAACGUGGAUGCUGCCACCAGCCUGUUAUCUCAGUUGUAA